CGGUGGCUGCUACCAUACCGGUCAUUUCAGCCCCGGUGUUGCCUUUGGGUCUGAGCUCUGUCCCGACGGCCAGCGUGAUCAGUCCCUUCGUAACCCCCGUCCCUUCCGCUGGACCGAGGGUAACGUUCCCACCAAGCAUGACUCAGUUCAUGAAUGACCCAGCCAACCUACAAGCCAUCCAAGGCUUUGGCCAGGUCAUGGCUAUGUGCCAGCAGAACGGGGGAUGCCUUUCCUCCCUGGUAUGUUCCCAUUCGCCCUUCCAGGCGCGGGGACCAUGCCCUUACAAGCUCUGGUGGCGGUGACGUCGUUCCAGACGCCGAUGCCGCAACCAUCACCUUUCCAGCCCCAGCUGGCGAGGUGCGGGAGGCCGAGCCUGCCCGCACCCGGCGCUCCCGGUCUAACCGGCAGGAGCCAGCGAGGACGAGGGCCUCCCACCAGGAAGGGGAGGCAGAAAGCCAGCCCAGGUUACCAGUGGCGAACCGGUUAACCAUCCCAAUCGACCGCGUCCAGCAGAUGGAGGCAAAGCUGGAAAGGCUGGAAAAGAAGGUCGGGGAGACGAAUGACCGGGACAAACCCCUGGCAGGGUCCCCGUUCACCACAAGGGUCCAUCUGACACCUUUCCCGCGAAAGACCUUGCGGAACCGAGCCACUGAAUGGUUCAAUAAGCUUCGACCGGGAAGCAUUGACUCGUUCAGUGAUUUGGCCUCAAAGUUCAAGGCCAAGUUCCAGGAGAAUUGUACUAAGAGGAAGAAGUUCACCUAUCUUAGUACAGCCGGGCAGAGGGAGUCUGAGAACCUCACUCAGUUCCUUACCCGGUGGAAGGAAGAGGUAGACAAGGUGGAAGAGAUGGAUGACAAGACCGUCCUCUCCCUCCUCUUGAAUGGCUUGCGUGCUGGGGAACUAUACAAGGAGUUCUGCCGGAAACCCCCAGCCACGUACCAAGAGGCCUACCAUACUGCAUGGGAGUUUGCUGAAGCUGAAACNCAGCUCCGGGCAAAGAGAGAAGCUGAGCAUGGUCACAAGCCCAAGCCGGUGCAAGUCAAGAAGGAAGAAGCACCGGGACCUAGCCGGCCGAGGCACCACUAUGACCCGGUCAUCCGAGUGGUCAAUACAGAAGAAUGCCAAGAAGUCCGGAAAGCACCGGUCAUUCCUCCAGAAAACCCUACCGGUCAAGUAGGGCGGCAGUGGUCGGGCACCUAUUGUUCGUACCACAGGUCUGAUUCCCAUAACACCUCCGAAUGCAAGAGUGUUAAAGGGGUCAUCCGGCAGAUGAUCGACAGUGGAGAGCUGGGCAAAGAUUACUUGCAGAAAGCCCAGGAGAAGAGUCAUCAGUGGGUUAGGCCAACUGCCCCAGGGAAUGACCGGGACAAUGACCGGCGGAGGAAUAACCGGCCAAGGGAGCGGCAACCUGCCCCCGAAAAAGAACACAUCGGCAUGAUCUUCGGCGGACUCGAGGGUGGAGAUUCAGCCGCGCAGCGGAAGAACUGGGUCCGGAGCAUUUACGUGGGAGAAGUAAGUGCUGAACCGCCCAGGCGUAAGCAUACUAGGAGGGAGCCAAUCGUCUUCACUGACCGGGAUCUCCCUCCUACCGGUGAAGAUCACAAUGAUCCAUUGGUCAUCACCAUGGACAUUAAUGGGGUAGAUGUUGCCCGGGUACUUGUUGACACCGGCAGCAGUGUCAACAUCUUAUACCUGGAGACCUUCCAAAAACUCAGGUUGUGUCGAACACAACUUGAACCCCUCAAAACCCCUCUCUCAGGAUUCACGGGGGACACCGUUGAAGCUGAAGAAUCCAUAGUUCUACCGGUCGAACUAGGAUCAGGUGAAAAGACCGUGUGGAAGAAGAUGCGGUUCAUAGUUGUGGACAUCAAAUGCGUCCACAACGCAAUUCUAGGAAGGCCAGGCAUCAAUAAAGUCGGGGCGGUGAUUUCCAUGCCUCAUAUAUGCAUGAAGUUCCACACUCCAGGUGGUGUGGGUGAGGUGAAGGGCGACCAGAGGAACGCCCGGGAAUGCUAUGCCCGGGCAGUCAAGAAAAUGACCAGAGGGGUCAAUGUCAUCUCCCAAGAGAUCACAAAGGGAGAGACCCGUGAGAAACUGGAACCCGAGGCUGAGACGGUGGAGAUCGAACUUCACCCGGGUGAUUCUUCGAGGAUGGUCAGAAUUGGAGCAAAUCUCCCCGAGGAUCUCAAGGAGCAGAUUACACGGGUCCUCCAGGAAUACGCGGGCAUAUUCGCAUGGAGCGUGGCGGAUAUGCCCGGGAUAGAUCGCUCUGUUAUCUGCCACCGGUUGGCCGUGAGGGAGGGAAGUCGACCG